UGACACGAGUUCAGUCGGCUGCGUCGCGUGUAGCAGUGCAGUGAAGAUGGCGGCGGGUAGCUCGGUGCCCAGUGAUCUCUACCAACACGUUUAUACGUUUCUUUUAGAGAACAAGUUCACCAAAGCCGCCAAUGAAUUUAUAAAGCAAGCUAAAGUCAAACCUCAGGACCAAAAUGAGGAAGGGCUCCUUGAUAUCUUCAGUUUUUGGGUUAAGUCUCGGGAGGCUACAAAACGGAAAGCGGCCCCCGGAGGUCCUGAGGUUAAUGGACCGAGUGCAAAGAAAGCAAAGCAGGACGAGAGUUCCAGUGAAGAGGAGUCGAGCAGCGAUGAGGAGGAUGCGGCACCUGUCCAGAAAACACCUCAGGCAGCUGGGGCACCGGUGAAGAAGGCUGCGGCACCGGUGAAGAAGGCUGUGGCACAGGUGACGAAGGUGGCGGCGGCACCGGCGAAGAAGGCGGCGGCGUCCAGCAGCAGCGAAGAUUCCAGUGACUCUGAGGAUGAAGCCACCACUAAAGCCCCAGUAAAAAAGGUCCCAGCUGUGAAGCCUGCACCAGCAGCUAGGAAGAAGGACACCAGCUCCAGCAGUGAGGAGUCUGACUCGGAGGAAGAAUCAGCCAGACCUGCAGCCACAGGAGCCAAGCCGACGACCGUGACCCCUAAAGCCACGGCCGCUCCUAAAGCCCCAGCUCAGAAGAAGCAGGAGAGCAGCAGUGAGGAAAGCUCAAGUUCCUCUGAAGACGAGGCUCCAGCAAAGCCAGUAGUAAAAGCUCCUGCCCCGGUGAAGGCUCCAGCUCCGGCCAAUGCGAGCAGCAGCAGUGACGAGUCUUCAGAUGAGGAACAAAAGGCUCCACCCAGUAAGAAGCCCAAAGCAGGUGCAUACAGUGCGGUACCGCCACCUGCAGCUCAGAGGGCCCCUGCUCCAGCAGCUAAACAAGAUUCAUCUGACAGCAGUGAAGACAGUAGUGAUGAGGAGGAAGAAAAGAAAGCCCCUGCCCAUACAAAGGCUGCGACUCCUAAACCUGCGACUCCUAAACCUGCGACUCCUAAACCUGCGACUCCUAAACCUGCGACUCCUAAACCUGCAGCCAAGAAUGAUGAAUCCAGUUCAGACAGUUCUGAUUCAAGCUCAGAGGAUGAAGCAGAGAAGCCAGCUGCCAAAGCUGCUCCACUUAAAGCAACUCCCGCUAAGGCCCCAGCAGGUCCCACUAAGAAAGCGGCAGCUCCUGCUGAAGAUGACUCCUCAUCAUCAAGCUCAGAGGAUGACGACGAGGAGGCAAACAAGCCGGCCAUCAAAGCAAAGGCCACUCCUGCAGCAAAGGCCACUCCUGCAGCAAAGGCCACUCCUGCAGCAAAGGCCACUCCUGCAGCAAAGGCCACUCCUGCAGCAAAGGCCACUCCUGCAGCAAAGGCCACUCCUGCAGCAAAGGCCACUCCUGCAGCAAAGGCCACUCCUGCAGCAAAGGCCACCAAAGAGUCGUCCUCUUCCAGUUCGGAGGAGUCUGAUGAUGAGGAUGAUAAAGCCAAACCAGCUGCUAAAGCUGUCCCAGUUAAGACUCCUCCAGCAAAGGCUGCACCUGCAAAGAAAGCUGUGUCCUCAAGCUCAGACUCCGAUAGCUCAGAAGAUGAGGCUCCUGCCAAACCUGCAGCCCAACCAGCAACACCGAAAACCACCCCUAAACCAGUGGCCACACCGAAAGCCACACCGAAAACUGCAGUCACACCCAAGACUCCGUCCAAGCCUGCCGAGAGCAGCUCAGACUCGGACAGCGACAGCUCCGACUCGGAAGAUGAGACCCCAGCAAGUAAGACUGCUAAACCCGUGAGCUCCACCCCUACGUCUAAAGCCACACCCGCAGCAUCUAAAGCCACACCCACAGCAUCUAAAGCCACACCCACAGCAUCUAAAGCCACACCCACAGCGUCUAAACCCGCAGCUGAGUCCAGCAGCAGUGGCUCUGAAAGUUCCAGUGAGGAGGAUGAGGGGACUAAAGGGAAACCUGCUGCCACCUCUAAGCCUGCUGUAACUCCAGCAAGCACCAAAAAGGCUGAGAGCAGCAGCUCAGACUCUUCCGACAGCUCUGAUUCAGAGGCUGAAGCUCCCAAAACGACACCGGCCAAACCUGCCGUGACGAAGAGGAAAACAGAAGCUCCCAAAACCCCUGCCUCUACAGCAAAGAAACCCAUCUCGAAGGCCGCAGAGUCGUCGUCCUCUAGUGAAGACAGCUCUGAUGACGAAGAGGAGACAACAAAGGCACCAGUAAAAACCACACCUGCUGCGAAAAGCACACCAACUGCUGCAGCAAAGCCAAAGCCUGAGAGCAGCUCGUCUGAGAGCUCUUCAUCCGAGGACGAGGUGAAAACUCCCAAGACCCCUACCGCUGCUCCUGCAAAUGGCACUGGGGGCAAAACAAAGAGGACUGCGGAAGACAUGGAGGACGAGGAAGCUUCACUGAAAACACCCAAAAACAAAAAGCUUGCUAACGUCACGCCUCAUUCCUUCCCCAAGGCCAAACAGAAGAAUGGCACUACUCCUUUCCGUAGAAUAAGAGACGAGGAGAUUGAGGUAGACCCGCGCCUGGCAGACAAUUCCUUCAAAGCCAAGUUGGGAGCGACUGGGGAUUGGGGCGAAAAGGCCAACGAGGUGCUGAAGUACACCAAAGGCAAGUCCUUCAGACACGAAAAGACAAAAAAGAAGCGCGGCAGCUACAGGGGAGGCGCCAUCUCUACCACGGUCAACUCCAUCAAAUUUGACAGUGACUAAGAGCUGAACUCACAAGCACCAUGUUUCCUUUAUCUACCUGGACUCAUUUCUCUGUCUGACACUGUGGUGUCAUAUUGUAGGAUCUGGCAACCCAGACCACUGCAGCAUUAGUGCUGUACUCAGGUCGUUGUUAAUAACCAGCCCAUAAAGCCUUGAGCAGAGACACGGCCAUGUCAGUUGCAGUUUCUUUUCUUAGCCACUAGGUGGUGACCUCAUUUCGCUAAUAUGUUUUCGGUUAUACUUUUAUUUCCUCUAUUUUUCUCUUUGUCAGAAUUGUAUUGUGUCAAAGGCCUAGAAUUUGUUUGGAAUUAGUUUUUUUGUAUUGAGCAAAUGAAGUGGUUAUACUCAAUUUCUCCUUCUGGACAUUUAAAUGAAUGAAUGGUUUCUUUUUAUCUCUGUUAGACCUUGAUAUUGAAUGGUGUGAAGGUUGCUUAGUGAAGCUACGUGGUUCUAUGUUAAUUAUAAUCGGACUAGAUGUGUGGCAACGUGUGUGUGCACAUCGUCCCAUGUGAAUACGAAGCCAUUAUUAACAGCACUAGCAUUGUUCAUACUGUGGCAAUUUUAGUGUUUUUGGUUCUUCUUUAACUGGCGCAACAGAUUCGUCCUAUUCGUUCAUGUAUUGAUGAGGGAGUUUUGUAAUUAAAACCUGACUGACUCUUAA